CUAAAGUGAAAACAAUGGCUCUAAUUAAACCUUGUAAGUAUCGCUAUCACAGUGUAGUGAGAGGUCCAGGUAUACAUAUCCGGAAGACAACCUCUUGUUUUCAUUCGAUUUCUCUAACGUUGUCUUCACCCCAAAGAUUAAACACCAUAAACACUAUAUAGUAUAUUGCAUGAUAGUCUUAUGGUGUAUCUAUAGCUUCAUAUAUUCGCCGGAAAUUCAAAAACGUUACCACCCACCGCCGCUCUCUUCCGAACAUGACCUUCUCUCAUAACGAAGACCCGCCGAAUCCUUCCAAGAGAUGCAAAUUCCUUCCGUCUACUCUCAAGGAUGCGUUCGCCAACUGCCGUAAUUUUCGCGGGAAGCUGUCGGGUACAAGGCCGGAAGACGGCGGUGUCACCAGCGACGAGGAGGAGGACGAUGAAGACGAAGUAUUUGUGUCGGCGGUUAUAAGCAAAUACAUGGAGUCGAAGAUCAAACGUAGGACGAGCAUUACAUGGGAUAAGUUCGGGUGGGCGUUCUCGCCGACGGCGGGGGAUUUGUUCACAACUGCAAAGGCGGCGGCGGCGGCGGGAGAGACGGAGGAGGAGGAGGCGGAGUUCAUGUCCGUCGGCACUCAUCUGUCUCGCUGCUCCAGCGCCGCCAGCUUCGAGGCGUUUUUCUCGGCGAAGACGUGUCUUUCGCGGUGUUCGAGCUUGGGCAGGAUUGAGUUUCCGGAGUACCGGCGGCGAUCCUCCAUCAUUCUGGAGUUUUCUCACUGUGAAGGAUGGCCGUUCGGGCUUUGCCGGAAAGCGGUGUUGCUUCCGCCGCUGCCCAAAUCGCCGUCUGAUUCUUGGCUAUGGCGUAAUAAGACCACUGGUAGACCAUCAUCAUUUAAGAUGCAUUGAAUUGCUUGUCUCUACAGUUUAAUUUGCUGCCUAGCUAGCUUGCUACUGUUUAAGCUUUAAGAAUUAUUAAUAAACACACACAAUAAGUGCUUCAAUUCGGUUUUAAAAACUUA